AUGGCAACUUCAACAACAACAACAUUAAAUUUUCAAAUAACAACAAUAAUUAUACAAAUAACUAGUGAAAAUGCAGAUAAAUUAUCAAUCGAAAAUUCAAUAAAAUCAUUUAAUUCAUUAAUUGGAAAAACAUAUAAAGAUAGUCAAAUAUCAAUAGCAUUCAGAGAAUCAUUAACAAAAUGGAUUGAAAUUUCAAAUAAUAGAAAUUUUGUAACCAAUAAAGUUUUAGAGAAUUUUUUAAAGUUUAUUCACCAAUCUACUUUAUUUAAAACAUUAAAAUUUGAUGAAUUUAUUGAAUAUAUGAAAUGGGCAGAAAGUGAAGAUAGGUUAAGAGGUGAAAUUGCAAUUAAUAUUUUAUGUACUAUGGAAGGUUAUUCAUAUUUUAAAAAUUUUGAAAAUGGGUUAGAUUUUUUAUCACAAUUUGAUUAUUUUAAAUUAUCAAUUACAGGAAAAAUUUUAUUAGAAGAAGAUUCAGAUUAUAUAAAUAUAGAAUAUAUACCAAUGAUGGAAAAUAUUUUAAAUAGAGUUUAUUCAACAAAUUUAUCUACAACAUUAAUAAAACCAUCUCCAAGAAUCUUUAAUUUCAUAUUGAAUUUAGGAAAAUUACAAGUUGCUGAUAUUGAAAAUCAUAAAAAGUUCAUUCCAAUGUUACGUUCACUUUUGGCAAUUUUAGCAAUUAAUAAUAUUUCAUUUUUAAAAUUAACAAAAUUCAUUUUUCGUUUAGUUCAUAUAAUUUGUGAUAUACCACUUUCAAAUUAUUCUUUUGAAAAAAGACAAACAAUUUUUAAAAAUCAUUAUUCUUCAAUUAUUCCAUUUAUUUUUGAAAAUUUUAUAAAUUGUAAAGAUGAUUUAAAUAUAUUAAAAAAUUUAUUUGGUGAAAUUGUUGAACAAUUUUCAUAUCAACAUUUAUUAUCAUUAAUUCAAAAUAAUAGAUUUGAAAAGGUAACAUUAAAUAUUAUAUCAUCAUUGAAUGCUGGACCAACAUUGGAAAAGAAUAUAAUGUCAAUAUUUAAUACAAUAGUUUGUUUCAUUAAUUAUGAUAUUCUAAGGGAUGAUGCAUAUCAAUUACUUGAACAUCAUAUGGCAAAUUUUGGUUGUUACUUGGCAGAGUUACAUUCAUACAUUUUACCAUUGGUUUAUAAACAACAACAUAAUUUCCCAAUAUCAACUUUUAAAGCUUACUUUAAAUCUCAUGAACUUUUAACAUUAUCACAAUUUCCAAUUUUAUUUAAAAAUUUAUCAACAACAAGAAUUGAUAUUAUUAAUCAUACUUUAUUAACACAUAAUAAAGAAAUUAUUGAAACUCAUUUUUAUAAUUUUAUACCAAAAUUAUUAGAAGUUUUAUUAGAUAAUACUAUUGAAAGACCAUAUUAUGUUUUACCAAGUAUUGGAUCAUCAAUUCAAACAAUUGGAAAGAAUGAAUUUUUUGAUAAAGUUGUAUUGAAUAUUUCAAAUCAUUUAUUUUCAAUAAAAGUAUUAAGAUUAGAUAAUUAUGAUGUUGGUUCAAUUGGUGAGAUUAUAUUGGGUUUAUUUAAAAUUUAUAAGGCAUAUUCAAGGGAUUAUGUUAAUCUUUGGAAUUUAGGUAUUAAUACAUUUUUAUAUUAUUUAAAUACAACUUCAACUACAAUGUAUUUAAUACCAUAUGUAAAGGAUAUAUUAGAGAAGUAUCCAAUUGAUUCAAUACCAUACGUUAAACAAUUUGAAGAGAAAUUAUUAAAGAAUUUUGAAAUCAUUUCAAUAAAUUCAACAAAUAAAGAAAUCAUUGAUCAAUAUAUAGAACUAUUUGAAAAGUUAUCCACUAUUAAAUAUUUCAAUUAUCUAUAUAAUUAUAAUUUAAAACCACCCCAAUUACAAUCAUCUUUAAAUUCUUCAAAUGGUUCUUUGCCAAAUUUCACUCCUCUUCAAAAAUCACAAUCAAUAAAUUCUUUCUCUGGUUCUUCUUCAAAUAAUUCAUUAUAUAAAUCACAAUCAAUUACAAUAAUUCAUGGUGGAAAUAAUAAUAAUAAUAAUAAUAAUAAUAAUAAUGCAUCAUCGUCAUCUUCAAAUGUAUUAAAUAAUAGUAGUAACAGUUUAACAAAAUCAACAAGUAAUGGCGUACUAUCAUCAUUUGUAAUUCAUAAAUUUACAUUAAAUAAGAUAAUUGAUUCUUUAAAAUUAGUUAAUAGUAAAUUUAAGAAUCAUAAGAUUAAUCAUUCAAUUUUAAAGAUUAUAGCAUCAUUAUUUAAUGAAUUUGGUAUGGAUAAGAAAACUGGUAAUAUUAAACAUAUAAUUGGUAUUUUGAAUCAACAUGAAAUUGUAGACUUGAUUAAAUCUUAUAAUUUAAAUAACUCUUUGAUUUUAUCAUCAAAUUCAAUUUAUCAAUUGUUUUCAUUGGAUAUGGUUAAUGGUAUUGGUAAUGAUAUUAAAAUCUUAUUCAAUCAAUUAGUUAAAGAAUCACGUUCUUUCAUUUUACAAUAUUCAAAACAAUUCAUUAGAGAUUUAGUAAUAAACUCUGCUUUAAUUGAUCAAACUAGUUAUGGUAAUCAAAAUAGUCUAUUCAUUGGUGACCAGAAAUUCAAUCACAUUCGUUCCUUUUUUAAUUUCAUUAUUUCAAUUAAUGGUGACACAAUUAAUAAUUAUCUAUUGGAAGUUUUAUUAUUAUAUUCAAAAUAUUCAAAAAUAAAUAAUAAUAAUAAUAAUAAUUCAACUUCUUUAUCAUCACUCUCUUCCUACUCAUCAAAGAAUUAUUAUAAUCAAGGUAAUGAAUUAUUGGAGAAAUUAAUUUGUUUUUUAAUUGAAGAUAAUAAUCAUUUCCCAUUAAGUCAAUCAAAUUUAGAUUAUAUUAUUCAAUUAAGAAGUAAAACUUCUCAACAUUUUGUUGAAAGAAUUUGGAAAGUUUAUGGAUUAGAAACUCUUAAACGUUCAAAAUAUUUCGAUCGUUAUUAUGAAGUUGUUUCAAUUAGUAAUACAAAAUUUAAAUUAUCAACAGCUAUAUUAAAUAAUAUUAAUAAUAAUAGUAAUAAUAAUACUACAACUAUUAAUGUUCCAACAAGAUCACCAUUAUCACCAAGACCUUCUGAUAAUAAAGAUUUAACAAAUGAAGUUUUACCAUCAAGUAGUAGUAGUUCUAUUAGUAGUAGUGGCGGUGGUGGUUCAACCCCAUUAGAUUCAUCAUCAACAACAACUACUCCUUCAAAUUCAUCAGUUACAAGUAAUAAUGGUGGUGAUGGAAGUAGUAGCAGUGGCAGUAGUGUGACAAGUAGUGUCGUAUCAUCACCAGUUGUUGGUGUAAGUGGUGGUGUUAAAACUACAUCAACUUUAACAACAAUUACAAAAACAACAUCAGUUGUCGAAACUAAGGUUAAUAGAUAUUCAAAUAUAUCUGGUAAUGGUGACAUUAUUAAAUCUUCAACUACUGAAAUCCUUGAAAAACCAACACAAAUCUCAUCGGUAACUGAAACUAAAGUUAAUAGAUAUGCAAAUAUCUCUGGUAAUGGUGAUAUUAUUAAACCUUCAACUAAUGAAGUCCUUGAGAAACCAACACAACUCUCAUCGGUUACAACUUCAAAAGCUACCAAUAGUACACCAGGUGUUCAUACUGCUGCAGGUAUUGAAAUUCUACCAAAUAAACAAAAUCGUUAUUCAAAUAUCUCUGGUAAUGGUGAUAUUCAAGAAUCUGGUAAAACUACAUCAUUAGCUUAUCUUGAUAAACCUUCUUCUUCCUCAUCAUCAUCAAAUGAAAAUAAAGUUGAUCAAACUGCUUCAAUUCAUAAUAAUCCUUCAAUAGCUACUCAUACAACUGGUAGUAGUCAUAGUUUCUUAAAACCUUCAAAUAGUGGUGUAAAUGUUUUAAAUAAUGAAAUUUAUAAACCAACUUUAAUUUCCCAAAAUUUAAUAAAUAAUAAAUUAUUAUCACCAACUUCAGCAACAACAACAACUACCACAACUACAACUACUACAUCACCAUCAUCGUCAACAACAACAACAAACAAUUAUAAUAAAACAUCAACAAGUAUUUCACCAACAAUUUCAUCUACAUCAUCAAAUUAUUCAUCACCAUAUGAAUCAUUACCACCAAGUCCAUCAGUUUCAACAACAAUGAUUAAACAAAGUAAUUUUACAAGAUCACCAUCAGGUAAAUCAUAUCAAUUUAUUAAAUUAAAGAAUCAUAUUGAUGAUUAUGGUUUCUUAAUUUUAAAUGAAUCAAAUAAACCAGUUGUACAACUUGAUUCAAAAUUGAUAAGUUUAAUUAUUAAACAUUAUGUAAAUGAUUUAACAAUUGAUAUAAAGGAUAAAAUUGAUAUAUUAGGUACAGUUUCAAGAGAAUUCUUUAAAUUAUUAUCAAUUGAAUUAUCAAAUCUUAAAACAAUUUGUCAUUUCAUUAGAUCAAAACCAUUGGUAAAUGAAUAUGAUACAACUCAAUUAUCAGAUUACUCUUUAAUUAAAUCAAUACCAAAUUGUUUUUCAAUGGAUUCAAUUCAUAAAUUUCCUUUAGUUUUUAUUUUAUCAAAUCAUAACAAAUUAUUUAAUCAAGUUAAUACAUUAGAAAUUAAUCCAAAAUCAUUAUAUACUUUUGAUUUAAUUAAUUCUUCAGAACAACAACAACAACAACAACAAUAUCCAUUAUUAAAAAAUUUAAUAAUUACAAAUAAUGUUGGUGAAUGUGUUAAUCCAUCAUUUAAUGGUGAAGAUAUUGCUUUCCAAUGUUUAAAAAAUUAUAUUGAUCAAUUAGAGAGAUUGGAUUUAAAUUAUAAUUAUUCAGGUUUAUCAUUGGAUGGUGCAAUGGAUUUGGAAAAAGAUUUAAUAGAUUGUCAACUUUUAAAUGAAUUAAAUUCAUCAAAGAAUACUCAAUUAAAAACUAGAAUCUCUUUGAAGUCAAUUCAUUCAAUGUCAAGUUUAACAGUUUUGUAUAAUAAUUUAUUAUGUAAAAAUUUGAAAACACCAAUGGUGCCCACUUCAAACACUACUACUACGAAUCCUACAAUUGUUCUUGUUGAAAAUGGGGUUAGUAUUAAUCAAUGUAAAUCAAUCUUGAUUGAUGUUAAAUUAUCAAAACAAUGUAAAGAUUCAAUAAUUGAUGGUGAACAACAAUUUAAAGUUCAAAUGGUACCUUUUUUUAGAUCUUUAGAUAUUCAUUAUCCAGAGAAUGAUUUCAUAUUUAAGCAUCCAUCUGAUAGUUAUUUAAAUUUACAAAGUUUAUCAAUUAAUUUAAAUACUAGUACUGCUAAUAUUGGUAAUGGUGGUGGUAGUGGUUCAAAUACUCCUUCAAGAUCUUCACCAAUUCCAGGUGGUGCUGGUGCUGGUACUGGUACAAAUAUUGGUAAUUCACCUGUUGGAUUUUCACAAUCAACAUUUUUAAAUCUAUAUUUAAAGAAUAAGAAAAUUAAAUUAUCAAAAUUAAAGUUUAAAACCAAUUCAUUAUCUUUAAUUAAUCAAUUGUUAACUCAAUCUCAAUUUGAAUCAUGUUCAAACUCAAUUAAAACAAUUGAAAUUUUAAUUGAUUUAGAUACAAGUACAAUUCAUUAUGAUCACAUGUCUAUCAUUAAUGGUGAUUUCUUUGCUUCAGAUUUAAAUCAAUUAUUUUCCAUUUUGGAAAAGAAUAAAUCAAUUGAAAAGGUUAUUAUUUCAACUUCAAAUGAUCACAAUGAUAUGAUUUUCAUUGAUAGAGAUCAUUGGAAUAGAAUUAAUACUGGUUCUUUUAAACCAAUUAGAUUAAAUUCUUUAAAUUUGUUUGAAAGAUUUUUAUCAUAA